CAGUCAGUUGCCUUCAAUGCACCCCCAACUUCCUCCUUUAUUCCAACGUCCACUCCAUUAACUAUCCCCCACCUUUUUUAACCUCUCCAUAAUUCACUCUUUUUUAAACCCUUUUCAACAAGUCUUUCUAUACCCCCAUGACCCUUCUCCUCAAGUUUUCUUUGUUUUGAAACCAAGGGAGAAAGGGAUUAACAUGGAUGGACUUGGGAGCAACUUGAAGGUGCUAGAGACUUCAAGGAGAAUUAGAUACUUCGAUGGAUUGUUAAGGCUUAUGGGGUUAAUCCUUACGUUGGUAGCAGCAAUUUUGACGGGCGUGGAUGAGGAGACUAAGACUUUUCCUGUAUUUCCUCGUAUCAAAUGCAAUAGCAUUUUCAUACGCAGCGGCAUCUCUGGUAGCAUCGGUGGCGGUUCAGACAUCGAAAGACAAGACCGGAACCGUUCUGGUGGUUCUAGACAUGACCAUAAUGGGGUUGCUCUUCUCUGCUAACGGUGCAGCAAUUGCUGUUGGGGUGUUAGGCCAAUAUGGAAACUCGCAUGUGCAGUGGAGGAGGGUAUGCAAUAUGUUGGGUGGAUUCUGUCACCAAAUGACUUCUGCUAUAAUCUUACCUUUGGUUGCAUCAUUGAUUUUCUUUUGGCUGACAGCUCUCGCCAUUCUCAACCUUCACAAGAAAUCAAGGUAGAUGAUGGGAAUGAAGAAGGUGGAUGGGGAGCCGUUGGUGGUAUUAAUGUUUAGCAUCUAUUUGUAGCUUUAGUACAUGCGCAAUUUAAUUAGCUUUUGGAUGGUAUUAAAUUUGAAGCCAGUCGGGUUGGUGUAUCUAAUUUGUCU